AUGAAAGAAACAAACACGUCCGCUGAUUUCUUGUUGUUUUAUGUGAAUGGAAAAGAAAUUAUUGAGCGUCACGCCGAACCUGAAUGGACACUUCUUUGGUAUUUAAGAAAUAAACUGAAAUUAACCGGUUCGAAAUUGGGCUGUGGUGAAGGUGGGUGUGGAGCAUGUACAGUUUCAAUUUCGCACUGUAUCGAUAAAAAUACCGGUGAAAUCGAACAUCGCACUAUCAAUGGUUGUUUAGCGCCACUAUGCUCCGUCGAUGGAUGUCAUGUAAUUACCGUUGAAGGGUUAGGUUCAACGAAUAAAUCAAACCUUCAUUCGACACAAACUCGCUUAGCCGAGUUUUACGCAUCACAAUGUGGCUUCUGUACGCCUGGUAUGGUCAUGUCGUUGUACGGAACCGUAACAUCAAAGGAUGCAUCAAAUUUAACGAUGGCAGAUAUCGAAGAAUCAUUCGAUGGAAAUCUUUGUCGAUGUACAGGCUACCGCCCGAUUCUUGAUGCAGCCAAGUCCUUCGCAUGCGAUAUUGAUAAGUUCAACGCUGAAAAAUCGUCAUCACCGAACACAUCAACGACAUUUGAUAAAUGUGCGUCGUUUCUUGGUCAAUCUAUUGAUCAAAUUCCAUUCCCGGAGAAGCUUCGUGAUCACCAACCUCAAUCAAUUCAAAUCAAAGGCUCGUCAAUGGAUUGGUAUCGUCCAAUUACAUUAACUGAAUUGAUUCAUCUUCGACAAAAGUAUCCCGGCGAUGAAUCAAAACUUAUCUUUGGAAACACGCGUGUUCAAUUCGAAAGAAAAGUUGAACAACGUACGUUUCCUCGACUUAUCAGUAUUACGCAUGUCAAGGAGCUACAAGAAAUGAAAAGAACUGAUGAUUCGAUCUACUUGGGAGCUGGUGUGACAUUCACACGAUUGAAAAGUCAAUUGAUGGACUGGAAAGACAACCCCAUCUGUCAUGCUUUAUUGGAUCAAUUUAAACACUUUGCAUCGACGCAAAUACGAAAUGUUGCUUCACUCGGUGGACACAUCAUUGCUGCUUUACCAAAUUCGGAUUUGAAUCCAGUCCUUGUCGCCGCUGGUGCAUUGCUCGAAUUGCAACAAGCAAACAGCAGCGAAGCACGAAUAGUUCCACUAUCUGAAUUCUUUCUUGGCAGAAAUCGUGUUCGUAUUGAAGACAAUGAAAUUCUUGUAGCCGUUCGUCUUCCACUCAGGAAGUCUUCUAACGCCUGUUUCAUUCAAUCAUACAAACAAGCUUGUCGUCGUGACGAUUCAAAAGGUGUCGUGAGCGCUGGACUCCAAGUUGAACUUAAACAAGAGAAUGAUCAAUGGAAAAUCACUCAAAUCUGUUUGGGAUUCGGUGGUGUUGCACCGAAAACAAUUGAAGCAAAAGGCACGCAACAACAAUUGGUUGGAUUGUCAUGGUCAAGAGAGACCAUCAAUCUAGCAUACGAUUUACUCUUGAAAGAAAUUAUUUUGAACGAAUCGACUCCCGGUGGACAAAUUCAAUACAAACGAACAUUGAUGCAAUCGUUCCUAUUCAAAUUCUAUUCGUACGUUUCACAGCAAUUGCAUAAAUCUACCGUAAAUUUAAACGAAUUUUCUUUCAACCGAGCUGUUUCUUACGCUCAACAAACGGUUCCUGAACGGCCUGAAUCACAAAAGAUCGUUGGUAGUUCUAUGCCGCAUCAAUCAGCGUAUUUACAUACAACUGGCGAAGCGACCUACAUUGCUGAUAUACCAUUACUAGCUGAUACACUUCAUGCUGCACUGAUUCUGAGUACAAAGGCCAAUGCUCGAAUAAAUAAUAUCAAUACUGAACGAGCAUCGAAAGUUCCGGGAUUUGUUUCAUUUGUAAGUCAUGCUGAUGUUCCUGGUUUGAACAAACCGAACGGUGUGUUACCCGAUGAAGAAGUUUUCGCCUCAUCGAUUGCAUUGUGUGUUGGUGCAGUUAUCGGUUUGGUUGUUUGUGAAACAGAAGAAUCAGCCGAACUUGCUGCGAGUCUAAUUGAUAUCGAUUAUGAAUGUUUAUCACCCACGAUCUUGUCCAUUGAUGAUGCAAUCGAACACGGAUCCUAUUUCGACGAUGAGUUUCGUCUUCAACAAGGUGAUAUUGAAAAGAGUUUGAAGGAAAGCGAACACUGCCUAGAAGACGAAUUAUAUAUUGGCGGACAAGAGCAUUUCUACAUGGAAACCAACGCUUGUAUUGCCAUUCCAUCAAAAGACGACCAGGAAAUGACACUGCACGUAGGUGUACAAAGUCCAACUGCUGCUCAAGAAUUAGUUGCAUUAGUUCUUGGUCGUGAUACAAGUCGUAUAACGUGUCAUACCAAACGAGUUGGCGGUGCAUUCGGUGGAAAGGAAUCUCGAGCAAUUGUAUUUUGUUUGGCAACGGCAGUUGCAGCUGUGAAAGUUGCUCGUCCAGUCCGUCUUCAUCUUGACCGUUAUACCGAUAUAGCAGUAACAGGACACCGGCAUCCGUUUAAAAUCAAAUAUCAAGUCGGUUUUAAUCAUGACGGACACAUUCAAGGUCUAGAUAUUCAAAUGUGGAAUGAUGCUGGUUGUACACUCGAUGCUUCAUCAUAUGUUAUUCAAUUGGCAAUGCUUCAUAUGGGCAAUACAUAUCAAAUUCCGAAUAUGCGCAUACGUGGUCGUACUUGUAAGACUCAUUUGCCAUCGAAUACGGCGUUUCGUGGUUUUGGCGGUCCACAAGCUAUGCUAGCUUGUGAGAAUAUUAUUGAGCAUAUUUCGUUUUAUCUGCAAUGUGAUCCAGUGACCAUUCGUCGUCAAAAUCUGUUUCGUGAAGGUGAUCGAACACAUUAUGGGCAAUGCUUAAAUUUAUGGAAUGUUCCACGUAUUAUCGAUGAACUACUUGAAACUAGUGGUUACGACGAAAGACGGCGUCUUGUAGAUGAAUUCAAUCGUGUGAGCAUCUAUCGAAAACGCGGAAUCAGUUUAGUUCCCGUGAAAUUCGGCAUAGGUUUUACCAUUAAUUACCUCAAUCAAGGCGGUGCUCUAGUUCAUAUUUACAAAGACGGUUCAGUCGUCAUUAGUCAAGGGGGUAUCGAAAUCGGUCAAGGAUUAUAUACGAAAAUGAUCGCAAUUGCUGCUGAAGUCUUACGUUGUGACGUUAAGCGGGUGAGAAUCAGUGAAACAUCAACGGAUAAGGUACAUAAUAUCAGCACGACAGGUGGAUCGGUCACAGCGGAUAUUAAUGGAAUGGCAGUGAAAGAUGCUUGUGAACAAUUGCGACAACGACUGGAUGCGUUAAUAACAAAAGAGGAUAACGAUAUUUCUUGGGAAGAUUUGAUUCAAAAGGCAUAUUAUGCCCGAGUUGAUCUAUGUGGACGAGGCUUUUACGUCAUGCCGAACAUGUUCGAUAUGGAUCUUAGCAAAAACAAAGCAACUUAUAAUUAUUUUACACAAGGUGCUGCUGUAACAGAAGUAGAAUUGGAUGUUUUAACUGGUGAUUGGCAUAUUCUACGUGUUGAUAUUCUUAUGGUAUGUUCAGUUCUUCUUUUAUANGUUGGUAGAAUGCAAAGCAGAAAACAACACACACCACAAAUGAUAUAUUUCGAUUUUGAACUGUGA